AUGUCCAAUCCACCUUCUUUCAUCGAUUGCCUGGCAGAAGGGAGCGUUUGUACUACCUCUCAGUCAUCUAUGGGGCUAGCUCAACCCUGCGAGAGUUAUUUAUCGGUUUGGAUUCUCAGCGUCACCUCCAAGGGUCACGUUUCCUUGGAAGCUUCCAAGCUGGGCGAAGAGCAACCCGGACCGAGCGAUUUGGCCGUUCUGAAGCCCUUGUUUCUUCCAGGUAGGAGGGCGUUCCCCAAGGCCUCUUUACUGAGAUACAAUCGGGCCUCGAAAGAAGGUCGGCAAGACAAAGGCGAAAUCUGUGACAAGCUGCCUGAUGAUACUUACAAAUCUGCGAUUUCACUUGUUACCGGAGAAGGGACAUCGCCGUCUUCCGCCUUCGACCCGGCCCCAUACGGUGAUGCCAUCAUCAUCAACAAAGGCGACGAAAUCAAAGAACUCAUUUUCGAUCUGAAAGGCACACGACUUGCCCGUUUCAUGUCUGAGCAGGCUCGAUUGGAAAUCGCCUUGGCCAGAGAGUUCGAGAAAUUUUUCGAGCAGAACGGCAGCCUAGGAACCAUCGCUGAACUCGCUGAGGAAAUGAUGGCCCAUCAGAAGAAGCAUCAUUCUCCAGAAACAAACAACGAGCUUGCCAGCAGAUUGGCCCUCUGCUUCUGUAAAAUCCACUCGACAGCCCUACGUGCAGCCUACGAGGAGCUGAGGAUCAGAGAGAACGAUGAAGCCGAAGGAUGGAUUAUCAAGAUAGUUCUGAUGGUCUUUCUCGUCUAUUCACCCAAUCUUUUGGAAGUAUCGAAGGAUGAUCGUUAUGUGUAUGGCGCGACCUACGGAUACUUCCUUUCUCAUUGGAUUCUGUCGCUAGCUGGUUCUCCUGUAUUCCACUUACUUAUCUGGUAUUUCCUUGCGUAUAAGAAGUUCAGAGAAUUUGCGCAGGUUACUCUCGCCAAAUCGAACCCCGAAAACCUAAAUUUAGCUGUUGAAGCUGAUGACACAUCGAUUAUCUACACCUUGCGUACCAAUAUCUCAAAUUGUACCGCAUCUUUACUGGAUGCCGAUACCGGUACAGCGACGUUUCAGGAAGGAGAUCUCGCAGUAUUGAAGAGGCUGCAUGUGCCGCGACUGAAGGGAGCCGCUCAUGGGCACACGGGUCCGCAGUACUCGUACUCUGAAAACGAGUUCAUCCCGGCUUCCUCAUUGGUGGCGAGCCUGGCGGACCGAACUGAUCUCUCGCAACCGCCAUUGUCUACCGCUACCAGUCGGGCGAAAAGCAUCGUCAUGAACGAAGGCGGUGGAGCGAAACGCUUGGACCUGGAUCUGGUUUCCACUCAGGUCGCCAUAUUCGUCAACAAGCAGGCGAAUCUGGAACAGAAUCUAUCUGCCGCUAUCCAGAAUCUCUCGAUGGGCGAGAUCAUGGAGACGGACGAAUUCUGCAAGAUGGUGGAGCAUCAAGAUUCGCGCAGAAUGCGGAAAAAGGAAAGGAAGGCAGUCUCAGAUAUUUGGCAUCAGCUCCGCCUCUCGCUUCUCCAUUCCCUAUAUACAUAUCAAGACAUGAAUCGAUUGGAUCAACAGAUGUCGCUUCCUGAAGACCACAAUCGACAGCUGAGCGUCAUCGCGCUCGCCAUGAUGCUCACACGCCGAGACAAUCGUCACUCAGCAGCGCGAAUUCUCUCGUGCGUCCCACGACCCGGCGUUCGGUUCCACCAAUCCACCUUUUUCCCACGCCUAAUUGAACUUUGUCUCGUUCUCGGCUCCCGUUCGGCCAAGUGCGGGACCGACUGCGAAAACAGUGAUAAGCCACAGCUGUUAAUUCGCUUCCGAACAAAGCGAGAAAUGCAUCCGGACAAAAGAGGACCCGAGUCGACGUUUCAGCUUUCAGCCUCACACGCUCGUGGCAAGCGCGUCGCUUUUGUUCUCUCUUCUCGUCUGUGCGACGCGAGACGUCCUUUUGUUCCCGCCUCGGCAUGUUCCGGCCCGGAGCGGGGAUUGAACAUGAAACAUUUACGAAACAUCGGGCACGCCUCGAAAGAAACUCUAUCAUCGAUUCGGGCAUCGACCAUAUCAAGUCGUCGAUAUCUUCCCGAGCUCUCUCUCGAGCUCUCGACGCCACACGUUGCCCGUACUGCAAAUCGAGGUACAAACGUCCAGGCGUUUCGAAUAAACUCUCCUGGCGGACGAGCGCUAGACCUCGUUUCUAGUGCAAUCACCUGUAUCCACCCCGGCCCGCCAAACAGCACUUUCCGGCUCUACCUGCACGAUCGGUGGCACAGCAUUCAAACUGAAGAUCGCGAUUAUCCGAGCUCACCCGAUAUCGCCUACUCGUCUCUAGCCCCACCAAAACCGCUUGCCAUUACAUCCGGUCGAGCUUCAGCCGCAAUGUCAUCCUCGUCUUCAACCUCAAACGAUUUCAACUACAACCUCGUCCGAGCGUUCGGCAUUCACUCGUCCUCCCAGACGCCGUCACCCCUAUUUACCUCGGCUCCUCUGAAACGCCCCAACGUUUCGCCCCGUUCCACCUCAAACGCGAACAAUGCCUCCAUCAUCACGCUACCGACCAAAUUCUCCCGCGCACACGUCGUCUUGCCCGUUUCACCUCCGGCUCCCCAUCGACGAGCGCCCGCACCUCCAGUCAAAUACGUCCCGCGCAAUCACUUUCGAUCCAACCACCUCCUAUCUCCCCUGCAGGAACCGAGUAGGAAAGGACUCUGGACCGUGUCUGAAGACGAAGACGGUGAACGCGAAGCAGAGAUGGAAGAGACCAUCAGGAAAACACAGUGCGAGGCGUUCGAGCAAGCGUUGAUGAGGUGGCAAGCGGAGAACGAGGAGGAAGACGCACAGCCUUCAUCAGUUGUUGAUGGGUUCGUUGACGUCGACCUCCACGAGCAGCAAUCCUUUUCGUGUUCCACCUCUUGUACUUCGGAGGACGUUUCGCAUUGCAUCACACCGUCGACCGAAAUCGAUAACCCGCUGGAAGAUGUCUUCUUCAUCGGCUCCGCUUCUGCCAGCACCGAACGCAAGCCAACCUACUCUUUCAACGGCACCGCCCAGGACGAGGAUAGCGAUUUGUUCUUCAUGCCAUCCUCUUCGAGCCGCACGCGGCCUCAAAUCGACGCUUUGAACAUGUCGAGCCUACACGAGCGCAGCGAUUCUUGGGAGUACGAAUACGCUUUGACCCCUCGCACGCCAAACAUGCAAAGACCGGCAUCACCAACCUCGAGCGAAGAAUCUUUCGGAUCUCGCAUGUCGCCUUGUCGUGAACUGUUCAACCCGUCCACCGCCUUUGCCGAUGCAUCAAGACGUCCGCCGCCGCUCGACCUCAAGAACAACCUCGCUUGGCGGGUAUCGCUAGAGCCGACCUUGCCCGUCUUAGGCUCGCCGUUCUCCCCGACCCAACCAUCUGGUCAGAAGCAGCGAACGGCCGAGCUGCCGGGAUUGAUGUCGCCCAUCUCUCUCGACGUCACGACGCCAAAGAACGCCAUCAACUUCUCGAUGACCACUCCCCGUCCCCUCUCGCGAUCAUCCCGCUCGAGCUCCCUCUCUUCAACGGCUUCAUCAAAUCCGGAACAACCGAUUACCCCGAGCCCUAUCUCUGGGCAGACGAGCGAUAUGCUCUCAUCGACGUUCGCCGACUUCCUCAUCAGCGCCAAGGAAGACCCCACCCCAUACAUCGCCCUUUCACCGAGCGUUGGCUCUCCAGCCCGAGCCAAGGGGGAAUCGAAGGAAGAGAUGCGAUUCCCUCUUCCGCCAUUCCGACUAUACGGGGAUCUUCCUCGCACCCCCGUUCGAGGCAAUCAGCACCAGGAGACGAUUCGCGCUCCCGGUGCACCGCUCCGAGCGUCUCAUCGAUCGGUCCCUCCUCCACCUUCUUCGUCCGCACUCCAAAAAGCUAUGGGGAUGCAUAGUAACCCCAAAGCAUCUCGAUCUCACGAACUCAACGAUAACGAAGACAACAACACCCAUCGACCUAGACCAAUCGUGCCCAAAUCGUGCAACGCGCUCCAGAUGGCGACGGGCCUGGUUUCUCCCGCCCCUACGACGCGGUCGAACAAAUCGUCCUCGUCCUCCGCUUCGACCAUGUCAUCCUCAUCUUCCUCUUCAUCGACAUCUUCUUCGCGGAGAUCUCUACCCCAGCGAAGACCCCUCCCGAUGGAUUGGAUCGGAUAUCACCCGAAAGAAAACCGGAUCUAACGAAACCUCAACCUCGACCUCGAGGGUCGAACGAUAUACCGAGUGCAAAGCACCGACGACUAUACCUACACGCCUAGCUCGGACUUUGCACCUUUCGAUAUCGACUGCGAACGGCUCACCAUAUUAUACGACCAUACACGACGCUGUCAUACGAUUCUCAUCUCCAUAAACGUUCCUCAAAGGUCUCUUCUCCCCAUAAAUGCCUCAUUUCACGGACAAUGCUUUGUUAUUGCCUAUAGAUAUCUCUUGUAUGAAAUCGGAUCCGAACGAUCUUCUGUGUAUUUGACAACCCUAUCGAUGAUCGAUCGAGCUCCG